AUGUCUGCAAAGAAGAGCGCACUUGCUGAUGCAUGGGACGACGACUGGGAAUCACUUGCGGAUGUACAGUUUCUCUACCUGCAUACAAUGACAUAUGCUCACAUUUGGCAGAAAGAAGAAGCAAAGCCAGAAGGCACAAAGCCUGUCAAACUCUCCAAAGCCGAGCGAAGAGCACGACAUGCUCAAUUCAAUCGCGAAAUAUGGGAGUCUGCCGAGAAUCCAGAACCGAUUUUCCUCCAAACGCACAACCCACCCGUGCAACCUUCCUUCAAGCCUGCCGUCACCGUCCUUGCGCGCAAACCUACACCCCAGGUGCUCUCUCGAAAUGGUGGUAUGGCUGGGCUGAGCCUCGAAGACGAUGAUGACAGUGAAGAGGAGCGACAGAAGAAGGCGGCAGCAGACUUUGAAGAGAGGAAGAUUCGAGCAGCGAAAGAGCGCGCAGAGAAGGAGCGCAAGUACGCUGAAGCACGAGAACGCAUAUUUGGCUCACCAGCAGCCUCAGAAGAGUCGCGCAGCAACUCGCCGAGUAAGUCCACGCGUGGGAAGGGACGAGGACGAGGCGGAAGAGACAGCCAGCCUAGGUCGAGCAACGAGCAGUCACCUGCACGAGCGAGAGCGCCGAGUGGACGCCAACUGUUCGAACCGUCAUAUGCGCCCAAGCCCGGGUCGGUCUACAUACAAAGGAAAGAAGAUGGCGGCAGUCGCCCAGGUAGUCGUCCAGGCACACCAAGCCUGCAAGAGAAGCCUAUCCGCGAACCCCGUGGGCCUGCAAGAGGUGGAGGUCGGGGCUUUGCAAGCAGAGGGAACCAUGGCACCUUGUCUGGUCCAUCAUGA